CGACGAAUACAACGAGUGUCUGUUAGCCAUGAAGAGAACUCAAAGGGAAGCAAUGAUGAAAACUACGACCAAAUCGCCCAGAGAAAGGGAUAGAGAAUCUUCGGAUUUCGUAAACGAACGCGACAUGUCCGACGCCCUCGAGACCGCCGGGCGGGGCAGCAUCAUUGCGUCCAUGGUGCCCGACGAGGUCAUACUCCAGCAUUCUAACUACGCGGUCAGGCAGUACGAGACUGCACUCAUGUUGAUUGACGUGUCAGGAUUCACGGAUCUAUGUGAGAACUUCACAAAAGCUGACCGCGGCAGCCCCUCCCGUCUUACCCAAGUGCUGAACUCCUACAUCGGAGCCAUGGUCCAAGAGAUCCUCUCACACGGUGGCGACAUCCUGAACUUCGCUGGCGACGCUAUACUCUCCAUGUGGAAGAAAAUGCCGAGUUUGUCUAUGCAGAGCGUCGUGCACUUGGCCAUUGACUGUGGAUUGAAUAUCCAGAAGAACCAUGGGACGAAGCUUUGUACUGAUGUCGGCGUUGUACUUAGAGUAAAAGUUGCGAUAUCCUGCGGCGUGUCACACUUCGCGCUCAUCGGCGACGCCACACACUCCCAUUAUGUGGUGUUGGGGCAGCCGGUGUGGGAUAUAAAGGUGGCGGAGUACCUGGCAGUGGCUGGUGACGUCAUCGCGUCACCCAGUGCUUGGAGACAUGCCAACGAGGCGGAGUACAUAUCGGAGUCCUUUGGAGAUGGAACUCAUACGAGGGUCCUACAAGUCGCAGGUCCAUGGAAGAGAUUCAGCCCCUCUAUAAGUAACGAAAAAGACUUGAUUCUUCCGACGAUAGACUUAACUGGUGACCUGGAACAGUUCUACAAAAAAUUUACACUUCGGCCAGUAAUAAUAACCGCAUUACGUAGCCGAUGGUGGCCCACUCUCCGCAAGUUUAUGGUACAGCCUGUGAUCUGGGCGGUGGAGAAUGACGAACCCAUGGAAUUCUUGACGGAGAUACGUCGAGUUGUCGUCGUAUUCUUGAACAUUGUGACCAAAACUGUGACGGAUGAAACGCUGGUCGAAAUGGUGGAUACUGCGUUCAAAUGCGUUUAUAGCACGUCAUCAGCAGCAGGCGGCCUCUUAAACAAAGUGUCCUUGUUCGACAAAGACCUGAUGUUCCUCCUAGUUUUCGGCCUCCGAGGCAUGUCUCACGGCGACGAGGCCCAAAAGGGCCUGCUCUGCGCUCAAGCUUUAAAGGACAGGCUGCUCGACCCUAAUAUUUUAUCAGUUUCGAUUGGGAUCUCAUCUGGAACGACAUACUGCGGCGUGGUUGGACAUGUUCUCCGGCGGGAAUAUACAGUUAUAGGAACAGCAGCCAAUAAGGCAGCACGAUUAAUGACAGCAUAUCGUAACAAAUUAGUUUGUGACAAGGAAACAUUCUUAAGAAGCAAAAUAGAUCCGGAUUUCUUCAGGUUGAUGGAAUUGAAACCAUUGAAAGGCAUAAAAAAGCCUGGACCGGUUUAUGAAUUCAACAAAUAUGGAUGGCCCGAAAGGCCUAGCGCCAGUCGCCAGCCUAUCCUAGGCAGAGAGGAAGAGUUGCGAGCCUUCAUACUGGCUUUGCAGGAGGCCAUGGAAAAACAACAUGAACCUUUUAUGAUUGAUCGGAGUCUUGUUUACGGAGUAGCGUUUGUUGUAAGUAUUCAAGUACUUGAAGUACUGUUAAUACUUCUUUGGAAAGUUGUAAGUUUGUACAUUGGUUAUUUUAUGUUAGUCCACAAGCACAUAGUUAUAUGUAGAAUAAGACACAUUUUGUCCAGACUAGGACCCGCCAAAUUAGGUAAAAAGCGAUUAGUGGAAGAAUGUAUAUAUCUCACGCCAAACUGUGUCAGGAUUGUAAGAAUAUCUCUAAAUAAUAUUGAAAAGAUACCAUACGGAUUGUUCCGCCAGAUAGCUCUCAAAACACUGGUAGGGAGUUCGUCAGAGCGAGACAAGUGCGAGAACCAAAUUCGGACAAGUUUGGACCUCAACGAACUGAGCCCCAAUGAGCUUUAUGCGAUAAACGUCAUAUUCGGCUGUCGGUUGGAAUUGCCCCCCGAUUUUGAAUUUACGGGGGACAUUCUUGAUGAAGAUUACGCUAAAGAUCUAGUGCGCAAUAUUUUUGAAAAGAAUAUAGCUUCAAUGUGUAUAGUGGUGAUAGAUGACGGAACGAACAUUGAUGAUGAGUCCUGGAGGUUACUUCUAGUUCUAUUGGAUACCAAGAAACUUUUCCUUAUCAUGACUCUUCCUGGUGAAGAAAGAAUCUCUGAAGCGGCCAAUCAAUUCAUGUCGAGCAAGAAGCUGCUUAAACUGCCGCUUACCGGGCUGGACUAUUGGUACCACUCUGUUAUUGCCUGCCAAUUCCUAGACGUACAAGCUAUUCCUACUGACUUGGAAAAGUUAAUACAGAGCGCAAGCAACGGCAUUUCUGGCUGGAUCCAAGACUUCAUCAUAUCGCUGGUCCAGCAAGGAGACCUGACCGUGGAAACCACGACGAGGGACAAGGCGAUGAAGCAAGGAGCCGUGAUGCCUGAGCGAUCUUUGCUGUAUUCGACGGUGGAUUUGGGAACAACUACUGACAACCAAGUUUCUUUAGACGCGUAUUUUAAAGGAGUCUUGGAAACAUUGAACUCAGACAAUAUCAAAAGCGUUGGUAAAUUUGCUCUAGACCCAAAUGAGCACAUUCAGAUAGCUGUUCUUGCGGACACAUUCGAUGUUUUGAAUAUUCGGAUGUCCGCCGUUGACGCGGAUGCAAUGAUCAUGAAAACUUAUGACUCGCUCAAUCCAUUGGAAAAGAUGAUGUUAAAAUGUUGUUCUGUUUUGGGUGUUGUUUUUCCUCGACGAAUGGUGGAAUAUCUGGUGGAGUGUGAUUCCAAAAGGAAAAUUGCGCAAGCUGUAGCGAAGUUAUUCUCAGUUCGCGUCCUGGAGUGUCAAGGGGGUGAUUUUACUCAGGAGACAUCCAAGGUGCUGGUGCAUCAAGCACCGGAGGUUGUAAAUGCUGAGCCUCCAUAUUGUGGCUGUCGGGGCACUGAGGAAUUGAGCAACUGCGCUGACCUUCCGAAGUAUGCAUUUUGCGGUUACAUGAGGUUUAAAUGUACUUUAUUCCAAACUACCACUUACGAAUUACUGACGGAGAUUCAAAAGCAUGAUCUGCACGAACGGGCAUUGCUGUAUUUGAAGAAGUACACUCGACGGUGCUGGUACUGUGGCGAGGGCUGUUUCCACACGCUACUAGGCAAGCGCACCAAUGAUGGUCUCGUCAAAGAGUCAACAGACUUGAAAAACACGCAGGAAAUGAUGCAAAGUCUGGCGGAGGAAUCGAAUCAUGUGACUGGAGACUUAACUCGGUCCCGGAAACCAAAUGAACCCUUGUUUCACUCAUCGGCAAUGCUACGGAUUUUCUCGGAGGAGAUACUCAGUUUUCCAGGCAAGGGAAGUGUAUCCACAAAUACGCCGAAAUCUGAUACCCACGUGCGAUCGUUUUCUUCCCUAGACGUGGCCAAUUGCGAAUGUCGUGCUAUAGCCUUGGCAGCAUAUGACCAGAUUAUUGAUCAUUGUUGUGGAGCAGGCCAGCAUGAACAAUUGUUUGAAGCUUACUUAGAAUAUGCGCUCUUGUGUCUGAAUUCGAACACACCACAAGCACUCUGCUUGCUCAAUGAAGCGGAAAUCGUUAUUAUGAGUGAAGAAUACUGGGAUAUGUGUAAAGUAAAUUGUAAGAUUAGCUGGUUCAAGGACUUCUGCUUGGGACGUAUCAUGUCGCUCCGAGGGGUCUGCAUGAUCGCGUCUGGAGAAUUUAUAGAAGCGAGGAAACACCUGCACCGCGCGUUGGAGUUGUUUCGUGAUCCAUUCCCUACAACUAAAUACCAGCAAACAAUCCGCAAUAUGCACAUAAGCGUGCGCCAAUGGAUGGCUUUCAAAGUUGCGCCGAAAGCCUUUGUCGGGACAGAGGAUGGCUUGAUUGCCUUUUUUUACGAAGAAGUUGCGGUCACAUUAAAUCGGCUCUAUACGUUGUUUAUAGCGUGCAAAGAAUAUUCAAGUGCUGAAUUGACUGCGAAAUGGUCGUUAGACUACGCCCUGCGGAGCAACGCGAACUUCACACUCCUCUGCGAUAGUUAUCGCAACAUGCUUACGACGCAUUUGAACAAUAAGGAAAUUUCCAAAUGUGUAAAGAUAGUAAACAUGGUCAUAGAGCUCUGUAGACGGAAGCGCGGUCAACUGGACGAUGCGGAAGCGCGAGCGGUCUGCGUUCUUUACACCACAGUGUUUUUGUUUUAUGUUGAAUACGGCAAGAAGAACGAGAGCCUAGAGUUCGGUGUGCCAGUAAUGCACAUGGUGACCAUGCUCAAAGAUUCGGGCAUGCGCGUACGUCUCGUGGUGUCUGUGUUGAGACUGCUGCUGAGUGACCUGCGCCUUAAUGAGAUGGUGAUACUGAUGAAGGAGAACCUGUAUAGGUGUAGCGAGUUUAACUUGAAUUCGACAACCUGGUACUACACGUACUCGUUGAUGAUACUAAUCGAGACUGGCUAUUGCGUGGAGACGUACCAAGAAUGCGAAAGAUUCUACAUGCAGCAUGGAGACACUAUCCUGACGUUUAAGAGUAAGGAUGCUGCGUGGGACUACUUCGGUUGUAUGUGGCUAAUAACCGUUAGAGUAUGCGCAUGGGAGACGUCAGUUUUAUGGGAAAAGAAGGUAAAAGAAAUAAUGUCAACCGAGAAUAAGCAAAUUGAAUACAAGAUUCAUCUGCAGUUAAUUUUAUUGGAGGGUUGGCUUAUAAUGUUAGUAAGAGAGAUUGAUGCAAUGAACGAGGACCAGAUUUCAAUUAUCAAAGGAACAAUUAAGAAUAUGUUCGAAAUGUUGAGCAAGUCUUGUCAGAGAGCACCAAUAUAUCAACCAAGAUAUUUUCUCCUCCUGGCCUACUUUAACUACAUAAAAGGCAACAAAUUCCGUGCCCGUAGCUAUUUAGAGAAGACCUUUGAACUUGCAAAGGAAUUAGCUGAAGGAACAACUUUAAUCUGGGCGGAACAUACGCGGCAGCACUGGACAGGUACACUGGAACCAGAGCUUGAAGACUAUUGGGUGGAGCAUAUCGAACCGGAUAACCUCCUGAACUACAGACAUUUCAACAAGAACGUUGGAUUUGUACCAUUCACUCUACCGUUACCAAAAGCGUUAUUGAGGUGCUCUUCGAUUUAAGCUUAAGCUUUAACUCUAGUUCUAACAAACAAUCUCCUCUGUUCUAUAUUCGAUAUGAUAUUGGUUUAACUUAGUAAUGUGGUAUUUUGUUAUUUUUUUAUCUUAAGAGUUUUUAAUAAAGUUAGUAUAUAAUAAA